AUAAUUCAAGUGACGGAUCGGCCAAUUAGGAAAGACGACCAGAGAAGAGGAGAAGUGAUUGCAGUGAUCGUGAUUAUAUUCGUGAUUAUAUUCGAUUUUGACCUUCAACAUUGACGGCAAGAAGCAAGCUCCGGCGUUGCGUUUAACUAGAGAAAUGGCCGGGAUCGUGAUUAUAUUCGAUUUUGAUCGGACUUUGAUCGACGGAGAUAGUGACAAUUGGGUUGUAACACAAAUGGGACUCUCAGAGAUCUUCCAUCAGCUCCGCUUCACUUUACCAUGGAAUCGCCUUAUGGAUGAUGACGGAGCUGCAUUCACAAGGGAGAUCGAUUGAGGACAUCGAAGCUUGCUUGAGAAAAAUGCCAAUUGAUUCUCAGAUUAUUGAAGCUAUAAAAUCAGCCAAGUCUUUAGGAUGUGAUCUGAAGAUUGUGAGUGAUGCAAACCAGUUUUUCAUUGAGAAGAUACUAGAGCAGCAUAAGUUGUUGGACUGCUUCUCAGAAAUUUACACAAAUCCAAUCUCUGUUGAUGAAAAUGGAAAGUUGCAGAUUUUACCGUACCAUGGUGCUGCAUCGCCUCCACAUAACUGCAAUCUCUGCCCUUCAAAUCUAUGCAAGGGUCUGGUAAUGGACCAUAUACGUGCUUCUUCUCCCAACGAUCAAAUCACAAGAAGGUUUAUCUACCUUGGAGAUGGAGGAGGUGACUUCUGCCCGACUUUGAAGCUGAGAGAGUGUGAUUGUGUGAUGCCGAGAACGAAUUAUCCGCUUUGGAAGCGGAUUUCAGAUAAUUCGUCACUGAUCAAAGCAGAAGUCAUGGAAUGGAGCAAUGCUGAGGAACUACAGAGAAUCCUUAUGCAACUUGUCAGCACAACAACAAAGGAAGAUUCAUAAACAGUACCUCUUUUGAAACAGCGCCAUAUUGGAUUGUUUGUUAUAGUCAAAAGUGUUUCGAAUUGUUCUUCUCCACUUGACUGAUUUGGGCAUUGUUUUCUGUCAUGGUGAUGGAAAUUAAUUGCUACCAUCGUUUAAAUCAAAGCUACUAUACCAA